GCCACUAUAGUAGUACCAUUUAUUACAAUGCCACAACAAAGGCGAUUAUUAGGAAGAAGUGCAAUAGUAACUGGAUCUACCACUGGUAUAGGUUUCGCAAUAGCCAAAAGGCUGGCAGAGGAAGGCGCCAAGGUAAUCAUCAGCAGCAGGGAAAAAGAAAACGUAAAAAAAGCCACCAAGGAAUUGCGUGAUCAAGGACUUGACGUUAAAGGUGUUGUUUGCCAUGUCAGCAAUCCCGACCAUAGGAAGAGACUAUUGCAAGAAGCAGAAGAAAACAACGGACUGGACAUUUUGGUGUGUUGUGCGGGUGUUAACCCAGCAGUCGGUCCACUAUUUGACUGUCCAGAUUCAGCUUGGGAGAAAAUAUUCGACGUGAACCUUAAGGCACCGUAUCUUCUGACCAAAGAAGCACUGUAUCUUCUGAAACAAAGCAAGACGGGUAGAGUUAUUUAUAUUUCAUCCGCUUGUGUUUUCCGUGUACACCAUAGUCUGGGUGUGUAUGCACUGAGUAAGACGGCACUGUGUGCUCUUACAAAAAAUGCUGCGCCUUUUCUGGCUGCAGACCAUAUCACCGUAAACUGUGUGGCACCAGGUGUAAUUAAUACCAAGUUCUCAGAGGUCUUAACACCUAAUGAAAAAGAAACGGCGCACCUGUUAUCGAAUAUUUUUUUAAAUAGAUUUGGGGAACCUGAAGAUGUUAGUGGUAUCGUCGCGUUCCUGGCUUCAGACGAUGCGGCUUACAUAACAGGAGAAAAUAUAAUAGCAGCUGGAGGUAUUCACUCACGAUUGUAAAAUUUCCAUAUAAUUGGGGGCACGAAUUUAUUUUGGUGUAACACGAUAUUUCUUUACUCUGUACUUUUGUCCUGUAAAAGUUAAGAAAUAAUACUUAUUUCUUCUUAUCUUCA